AUUUAUUCAUUCCAGUUGUGAAUUCAGACAUCACAUUAUUUAUUUAUUCAUUCUUCGUGAAUUCGACGCUAUCACCACUUUUUUUUCCUCUGCAAAAACCUAAGAAAUCAAAAUAACCAAAAACCAAAAUCAAAAUCAAAGAUGUCGUGGCAAUCAUAUGUUGAUGAUCACCUUAUGUGUGAUAUUGAAGGAAAUCAUCUCACCUCUUCUGCAAUUUUAGGUCACGAUGGUAGUGUUUGGGCUCAGAGUCCAUCGUUCCCUCAGCUUAAGGCUGGAGAAGUAGAUGCAAUCAUGCGUGACUUUGAUGAGCCUGGAUCUCUUGCACCAACUGGAUUACACCUUGGGGGAGUUAAGUAUAUGGUUAUUCAAGGUGAACCUGGUGCUGUCAUUCGUGGAAAGAAGGGUUCUGGAGGUGUUACUAUCAAGAAGACCAACCAGUCCUUGAUCUUCGGUGUGUACGAUGAGCCCGUGACUCCAGGACAGUGCAACAUUGUUGUCGAAAGGAUUGGUGAUUACCUUGUUGAGCAGGGUAUGUAAUUUGGUACCAACCAAGUCAGUCAGCUUUGGGUGUGUUGUUAGUUAUUUUCCGAUUCUUUUCUUUAUUGGCUUCUUCAGCAGCCUGAAUCUACUACCCUGGUAGUACCACGGUGGGUAUGGUAAUGGUUACAGUAAAAUAAUAUAUUUACAUAAUUUUGUGGAAACUCCUUCUGUGUGGAACAAAAACAAACAUGUUUUUAUUUUGGUUUAAGGAAGUUUUAUAGAAUGUGAUUGAUGAUGUUGUUGAUGAUGAUGGUUAAUCAAUAUGAACUACUUUCUCUUCUCUUC